AUUGUCACUGGGGCUUUUUGGUUUUAUUUAGUGAAGCAACGAGUUCUUGAGAGACAAUUUCAUAAGCUGCGUUUAGGAGAAAAAGAAGAAUUGAAGUUGAUUGUUACGGAGCCUGAAACAGCGCUAGCUACCGAAGAGGAAGCAUCUGAAGAAAAAUUAGUUCCCACAAAGGCUCUGGAUGCCUUGAGCAACCUUCACACAAAAGAUGAUGCAGAAGCCUUGCAGAAAGCAGAGAGUUUUGUGCCAAACAGUGACCACCAGGAAGAAGCUGGCUCUGUGGAGAACAUCGCAGAAAAGUCCGCAGAGACCUCACCUUCGGUGGUGUUUGAAAACAUACAAGGAUGCAGUCCAAAAUGCUUAUGUAUGCUGUUGGAGAACAUCAGUGGUCUUACAGUAGAUGACGACUUCACUGUGGAAGUGAUACCUGAAAUAAAUGUUGCCAUAGCUACCUUUAUAAAAAGUAUUGAUACUGAAGCAUUUGUGAAAAAAUGUUCACAAAACAAGAGAGUUAAAGAAUUCAAAAUGACUGCCAGGCUUCUUGAAUUGACCCAGAGCAUUAAGGCUGAAAACAUACCGGCCAGUAUUUCCACAGACUACAUCACCGUUUACUUUGAGAGCGCACGAAACGGAGGGGGGCCUGUGUCAGACGUCCAGCUCUUCCCUGAGGAGAACUCAGCCAUCAUUACUUUCUGUGAUCGCAAAGAUGUAAACACUGUCCUGGAAAAGCAGCAUUUACUGGAACAGACACCGAUUUCUGUGCAUCCGUAUUACCACUCUCUGGAAACGGCUCUCUAUGGAGAAGAAAGACCAACUGUCAAGAUGCCAGACCCCAUUGGGGUGCCACUAGAUCCGUAUGUCUGGCAGUUUUUACAAAGGCAGCCUAAACUGAUCCAAGACAUAAACGAGGAAAUGGCAAUUUGCCAUUGUGAGCUAAAAUGGCCCCAGACAGACUCUGAGCACCCAGAAAUUAUGUUGUGCCCGUCAUCAUCUCUCUCCAAGCAGAAAAAGCCAAUGAUUAAGUUGAUCAAGACAUGGAAGCAAGACACUUCUACUGAGUUCUCACGUGUCAUGGCACAUUACAUAGCUAUAAAAUGUAAAGUAAAUUCGGUGGAUUGGGAAGAAGUGAAAAACAGAUUGGUGAAAGAUGUUGCUUUGAUCAUAACUGAUGUUUCUGAGGAGGUGGUGGUGAUUGCAGGCAACAGAGCAGCAGUGGACAGUGCAGAGAAAGAACUGAGGGAACACAUGGAAAAAGCCAUGAAGCAAAGUGAAAGGGAAAAACAAAACACAGAAAUUUCUGUGUCAGUGAUCCCAGGGAAGUAUGCCGUUCUGCACAAUGCUGGGCUAGAAGAGAAUAUUCAGAAGGAAUAUCCGUGCUUAAAGAUCUUUUAUGAUGACACCAAAAAAACUGUUCAGUUGUGUGGAUUACCUGUGGAAGUAUAUAAAAUCAAAGCCGACUUACUGGAAAAGGUAUUGAAUAUGCCAUGUACCUCAGUUACCAUUGAUCCCCAUGUUUUCCGCUAUCUGCAGCGUGUAGAUAAUAAAACAAUGUCAGAGACAUUAUUCACUAGGAAAAAAAUUAAUGCUUUUUAUGAGCUCGAGGAUUAUACUGUGUUGCUAUUCGGAGAUGCUCCCAGAGAUCUUUUAGAAGCAGAAAAGCAAAUAAAGACAGGCUUAGAAUGUGAGUGCAUCAAGGUGGAGGAUGGUGAAGUCAUUAAAAAGGAGCAGUGGAAGAGUCUUCUUGCCUCCUUGCAUAAGAACUACAAUUCUUCCCAGGAAACUCUUGUCAUUGAUGAACCUGUUGGAAAAGAAAAUAAAGUGAUUAUUGCUGGCUUUUCUAAGGCUGUAACAGAAGUUUAUCAGAAACUUAAUGAUUUUAUAGAUAGAAACACACGCGUGGAUAAAGUAAUCCCAGCUAAGUCAGCGGUGGUAGUGCAGUUUGUAGAGCAGGAAAAAUCCAGUGUUUAUCUUAAAUUAAGGGAGAACGGUGUGACAGUGUGUUUUGACACCAAGACGCCGUGUAUUUCCCUGAGCGGACCAAGAGCAGAAGUGCCAAAUGCAGUCACCACGUUUGAAAAAACUCUCUCAUCCCUCUUCUGGAAAAACGUGGUGAUUGAUAAACCAGGAGCCAAAGAGUUCUUUACUGAGAGGAAAGACUCAUGUGUUUUUGAGGCAAAGCAGAAAUUUAGAUGUUUGAUUAGGCUGGAAGAAGAACAAGAACAACAGAAGAGUGAAAAAGUUGAUGAUAAAGAGAAAAGAAAGCUCUACUACAAGAAAAUGCUGCCAGAUGGAGUUGUAGUAGCAGUGUGUAAAGCUGACUUGUGUAAUUACCCGGUUGAUGUUGUGGUGAACGCGUCUAACGAAGACUUACGGCACAUCGGUGGCCUUGCUGACGCGCUGCUGAAAGCGGCUGGCCCAGAGCUGCAACAGGAGUGUGAGGAGCUGGUGAGGAAGCACGGGAGUUUGCAGCCUGGGUGUGCGGUUAUCACGGGCGCCGGGAAACUCCCCUGCAAGAACGUCAUCCAUGCUGUUGGGCCCAGGUGGAGGAAGGAUGAGGCAGAAGAAUGCGUGCGCUUGUUAAAAGAGACAGUGAAGAAAAGCAUGCAACUAGCUGAAACAUACAAUCAUCAUUCCAUAGCUCUGCCCGCUAUAAGCGGAGGAAUUUUUGGCUUCCCAUUGCAGACAUGUGCAAAUUCGAUUGUAUCUUCCAUCAAGGAGACCUUGGAAGAAUACACGGAGGAUAGAUGCUUGAAGGAGGUUCACCUUGUGGAUGACGUGGAAGAAACAGUUCAGGUUCUGAGCGAGACAGUGAAAAAAGUGUUUACAGCUAAAUCAUCCUACCCAAGGCUGCUGACGUCGCACCGGGAAAACCGUAAGCUGAGAGAAAAGCAGAAGAGAAAAGAGGAUCUACGGAUGGCUAGACAUGGUCUGCAGAUGGUUACGACAAAUGAAGGACUGCGCAUCCGACUGGAGCAGAAAAACGUGCAGGAGGCCACGACGGAUGUUAUUGUCAACAGUGUUGGCACAGAUCUGCAGUUUGGCGUGGGGCCUCUUUGCAAAGCUUUACUGGAAAAGGCUGGACCAGCGCUCCAAGUAGAGUUUGACAAAGAAAAACAAAGACAAGUUGCUGUUCAAGGGAGUGUGGUCUGCACCAGUGGAUGUGCUCUGGCCUGCAAGUCGGUGCUUCAUGCCAUACUUCCCGUGUGGGAUGGAGGAAAAGGACACACCCUGAAGACCCUAGAAGAAAUAAUCCAUUUGUGCUUAAAGAAAACUGAAGAACUUGAACUGAAUUCAAUCAGUUUCCCAGCUAUUGGAACUGGAGGGUUUGGAUUUCCUAAAGCCGUUGUUUCUAAGUUAAUGUUUGAUGUGGUAUUCCAGUUCAGUCGUAGUCGCACCCAGAAGACUCUCCAGGAAGUUCAUUUUCUCUUGAAUCCAAAAGAUCUGGAUAACAUUCAGGCUUUUACCACUGAACUAGAACAUAGGGUAGCUGAAAGUUGCGGUGCUGCAGCACGACAGUCAAAUUUCAUUAGGCCUGUUUCAACUGAAGUAUUGGGAGUUCAUGAAAUGCAGAUUGGUUCCAUUACACUCCAAGUAAUUAGCGGAGAUAUUACCAAGGAGGAUACAGAGGUUAUAGUAAACAUAUCAAAUUCAACAUUUGAUGCCACAUCAGGGGUCUUCAAAGCAAUUAUGGAUGCUGCUGGUUCCCAGGUAAAAGGAGAAUGUGCUCAACAUGCUGGGAAGCAUCAAAGUGGCUUUAUUACUACACAAGGUGGAAAAUUGUUGUGCAGUAAAAUCAUCCACUUGAUUCACGAUGACAACGUGAAGAAUCAGGUCUCUAAAGUCCUUCAUGAGUGUGAGCUAAAGAUGUACAAAUCUGUCGCCUUCCCAGCAAUUGGAACAG